AUGCAAGAGGGUGAAAAUAAUAGGAGUUGUCAAGUUGAAUAUCUAGAAACUCCCGUCAAAUUGGAGAAUGACAAAAAGGAAUAUAGAGCCAUCAGAUUACCAAAUGGUUUAGAAGCUUUGCUAAUAUCCGAUGAAAUUUCCAAGACAAGCUUUUUUCAACAUCAAGCUAUGAAAAAUGAAAUGAAGGUAGCAUGUUGCUUAUGUGUGAGAACAGGAUUUUUUGAAGAGCCACCAGAAUUUCGAAGCAUAUCAUUUUUCUUUGAGAGUAUGCUUUUGACUGAAUUCACUAAACAUUGCGAAAAACAUGAUUUCAAAAAACUUUUCGAUAAACAUGGAGGCAGUUAUGAUUUCUCACUUGAUUACGAAUAUACAUUGUUCAAGUUUGAUAUUCAAAAAAAACACUUUUUAUCAGUUCUUAUUCCUUUUGCUGAAUUUUUCAUUAAUCCUCUACCGGAAAAAGAUGCAUUUAUGCAGGAUCAAAACGAUAUAAAUGAAGAAUUUCGGAGAGCUUUAAAUUUCGCCAAGAACAGAGUUCCUCAACCACAACUUUCUUCCUUUACACGAACUGAUCAUCCAAUCAACCAGAUUAUUGAGGAUCGUAUUAUAAAAGAAUACGAAAAUUUGGGUUACUCGAAAUUAUAUGAAGAGCUACACAAAUUCAAAGAGCGCCAUUAUAGUGCUCGACGCAUAAAGCUGGUUAUACAGGCAAGCUUACCGUUGAAUACAUUGGAACAAUAUGUCACAAUUGAUACGUGUUUUGUUAAUAUACCAACUAACGAACUAUCUCCCGAUGACUCUACCGAAUUAAUAAAAAAUAAUGUUCCUUUUGAUUCCGCCGCUUUUCAUAGAAUAUAUAAAAUUUCUCCUUCGAAACAUGUUGGACAACUAGAAAUAACAUGGGUCAUGCCUUCGCUAUAUGCUUUAUAUAAAAGUAAACCACAUAAAUAUAUUUCGUGGCUUAUUAGACAUGAAGGAAAAGGUUCCCUAAUUAGUUAUCUACGCAAAAAUAUGUGGAAUAUCACCCGUUCUAGUGAAAAAAUUUGUCAGAAUAUAGAUACUUUCACGUACAGCGUAAUUAAGGUUACUAUAGAUCUCUCCAAUGAAGGAAAACAAUGUGUGAAGAAGGUUCUAGAUGCGAUAUUUUCCUAUAUCAAUUUGCUAAAGAAGGAAAGUUUGCAGAAAGAAAUUUACGAUGAGUUUAGUAAGAGUGAAGAAAAUAUUUUUAGAACUUUUGAGGCAAGGAAUCCAAGGAAUAAUGUGAGCAAUUUAUCUAUGAAUUUGCAUCAGUAUCCAUCGCGCGAUUAUAUAACUGGAAGCAAGACUUGUGAAUAUGAUUCAGAAGCUAUAACAAAAAUUUUGAAUUAUUUAACACCAGAGACUGCAAAUAUUAUGAUUUUUGACAAUGACUUUGGCAAUCUACAAUUAAAUAAAAUCGAUUCAUGGUCGAAAGCAUUGUAUACAGAUGUCAAGAUACCACACGAAUGGCUCGAACACUGGAAAUCUGUCGAGCCAUUGCCAAAUUUUUGUUUACCGGAGCAGAAUGUAUGGACAUUUUCUGAACAUUUUUUAGAUCCAUUGUUUGUAAAAGUUCCAAAAUAUCCUAUAAAAUUGUACAGUAAUAGUAUAUCAGAGCUUUGGUAUCGCCCAGAUCCCAAGUUUCGUUUGCCAAACAUGUAUACACAUUUUAUUUCCUCUCUAGGACUUCAGUCACCGGAGAAUGCCGCUCUCAUGACAGUGUACUGCAACAUAAUACAAUUUCUAAUGAUGGAAGAAUUAUAUCCAGCUUUAGAGAGUGGGUAUACCUAUGACAUCAGUGUUAGUGAGAAAGGAAUUAUAAUAAAAAUAUCUGGACCUAUGCCGAUCAUAUUAUUGUUAACCAUAAUAAAAUACAUAAUAUGUCCGGAUGUUAAGAAGGAAAUGUUUGAAAUAAUCAGAAAUCAACAAGUUCGUAUUUAUAACGACACAUUCACUAAACCUGGGAAACUCGCUGAGGAUGUGAAAUUAUGGAUACUAAAGUUAGUCCAUUAUACAUACGUUGAUAUGCACAAUGCUCUACAAAAUGUCAGUUUUGAAGAAUUCCGAAAUUUUGUAAAAUGUUUUACCAAUCGUCUAUACAUUCAGUGUCUCGUGCAAGGUAAUAUAACGCAGGAUGAGGCGAUCGAGUCUAUGCAACAAUGUAUUGAAACACUUAAAUGUAACUCUUUACAUUCUAAUAUGAUGCAACCGAAUAGAGUCUUUCAGUUACCCUUGGGUACAAGUUAUUACAAAUUGAAAAAUAUCAACAAAUAUGAUUCAACUUCCGUUGUAAUAAAUACUUAUCAAAUCGAUGUCACGUCAAUUGAAUUAUCAGUGUUAAUGAGACUAAUAUUCAUGAUAAUGGAAAAACAAUUGUCACUGAAAUUUCAAUCAAUCCAAGAUGAUCUUAUACAACACACUUCAUGCGACUGGACGGAUAUCGAUGGAAUUUUAGAAUAUUCUAUUAGUGCCACUCAGUCAUUGGCAAAUAAAUUAUACACAACUGAGGACAUUAAGAAGUGGAUUGAUGAUUUUCUGGAAUUUUUUGGAGAAUUUUUGAAUGAAUUCUCAGAAAAUGACUUAGAUGAUGUUAAGGAAAGAAUAUUUAAGCAAUAUGCUGAUAUGAAUAUUGAAGAAGAAAUUAAUAGAAACUGGAAUGAGAUCAUGAAGUGUCAAUACAUGUUUGACAGACACGAGAGAGAAAUACUUGCAUUAGAUAAAAUAAAAAUAAACGAACUAAGAGAAUGGUUUAAUAAGUACACGUGGAACGAAAAUUAUAUGAAACAAUUGAGUGUACAUAUUAUAGGAACUCAUUCCGACAAAGUGCAGUCCAUUGCUUUGGAAUACAUAAUCGACGAACAUCAAUAUAAGAACCCUGAAGAAAAAUAUAUUACUAAAGUAGGACAAUAUAAGAAAAAUCUUUACGUUUAUCCAGUAAUUGAAGGGUACUCGACUUAG